AUGGCCCAUUUUACUGAAGAGAAGUUGGGCCAGGCUGAGAAGACUGAACUAGAUGCCCACUUUGAAAGCCUUCUGGCCAGGGCAGACUCCACAAAGAACUGGACAGAGAAAAUCUUGCGUCAGACUGAGGUUCUGCUACAGCCAAACCCUAGUGCCAGAGUAGAAGAAUUCCUCUAUGAGAAGCUGGACCGGAAGGUGCCUUCCCGGGUCACCAACGGGGAGCUGCUGGCACAGUACAUGACAGAAGCAGCUAAUGACUUUGGGCCAGGGACACCUUAUGGGAAGACCUUGAUAAAAGUUGGAGAGACUCAAAGGCGCUUAGGUGCAGCAGAACGGGACUUCAUCCACUCUGCCUCCAUCAACUUCCUGACCCCUCUGCGCAACUUCCUGGAAGGGGACUGGCGAACCAUAUCUAAAGAGCGGAGGAUCCUGCAAAACCGCCGCCUGGAUCUGGAUGCCUGCAAAGCCAGGUUGAAGAAAGCCAAAGCUGCCGAGGCAAAAGCAGCGGCUGUGCCUGACUUUCAGGAGACUAGACCUCGUAAUUACGUUCUCUCCGCCAGCGCAUCAGCGCUUUGGAGUGACGAGGUGGAAAAAGCAGAACAAGAGCUGAGGCUCACGCAGACCGAGUUUGAUCGUCAGGCAGAGGUGACACGUCUCCUGCUGGAGGGGAUCAGCAGCACACAUGUGAAUCAUCUUCGCUGUCUCCACGAGUUUGUGGAGUCUCAGACCAACUACUAUGCUCAGUGUUACCAAUACAUGGUGGACCUGCAGAAGCAACUGGGCAGAUUUUCAGGCACAUUUGUAGGCAACGCAGAAUCCACAUCGCCCCCAGCUGCUACCUCUCCUCCAGCUGUUGCUGCUGCCUCUCUCCCUGCUGUGCCUACUAUUCCAGUUGUGCCCACGAUUGUUGGGGUGCCCAGCACCGUGGCAGAGAGCGUACUGAACCCAAAUGAAGUCAAGCCUCCUGCCAGCGGGACACGGAAGGCCAGAGUCCUCUAUGAUUACGAAGCAGCUGACAGCACUGAGCUGGCACUUCUUGCAGAUGAGAUGAUCACGGUGUACAGCCUGCCAGGCAUGGAUCCAGACUGGCUCAUAGGGGAAAGAGGCAACCAGAAAGGGAAAGUUCCUGUCACUUACUUGGAACUGUUAAGUUAAACGUUUCCAGGAAGAAGAAUGUACAAGCAGAAUGCACCCCUCAUCUCCUGGCACUUCUAAUGCGGAUUUCUUCAUCCGAGACCAUUGCUCUCUCCAGGGCUGACACUCCAUUGCUAAUACGGGAAUUGUGGGAAAGAAGUGGUAAAACUGUUACAGCAAGGUUUUGGGAAAGGGCUGAUGGCACCCAAGGCUGAACUCGUUAACUACCAGUGCAGCCUGCUUUGAGGUUAGUCUUGAUGGCGCAAGAUUCCCCGAUUACUUUUUCUACCCUCCUCUAGCCCUGUUUAUCGCAGGGGCUUUCCCGGGGCCAGCAAGCUGUCUCCCUCGGCAGCUGCUCACAGAGUUUAAGCUGCACUUCCCUCCUGUCCGCUGUGGGUCAGUGCCCGUCUGCCCCUCCUGUCCUCGCUGUUCUUCAGCAGUAGAAUUGCCCAAGUCAAACCACCAAGCAUUCCCAUGGGGAAGGGUCCCACACAACCCCCCUGAUGUGUUCUAGCUCUUAAGGCAAGGAAGCUGAAUUUAAGAAUUAAGAGCCGGUUCAACCCACCCACCUUGCCCACCCGCGGGAGAACAGUAACAUGAGGCUCUCCGAGAGCUGUGCUUGCUGUUGUGGUGCCUGAUGGCUUCAGCCUAGAGCUGUCCUCUGAAGCUGGAAGGAAAUUUCUUUGUGAAGACCAACCUAACAACGUAGGGCCUGUAAGUCGAAAAUCAAACCUCGGUGCAAGGGACCAUGCAUCUUGCUUGCAUUUCCUCUGAGAAACUGCUCUUGGACUGCAAAGAGUUUACAAGCCUUUUUACAAGCUUUGCUCCCUGUGUUAAUUGUCCAGGCUUUUCUUUCGGUGUGUCUGUCCCAGGCAUGUUUUAGCCUGACUUUAAUUUCACCCUAGAUCACCGAUUUCACUACUGCUUCCCCUCCCAUCUCAGCAGUGAACAGACUUGGUGCAUCCUACUCCCGUCAGGGAUGGCCCCCCUUGCUGUUCCCUCCAGCAGUGAGCUGCUCUUGGCCACGCACACACCGAACAACCCAGGCUGCCCCGAUGCACGCGGUGGUUGAGCUCAAAGGGAGCGCUCGGUGCAUAAGCCUCGUAAGCCUAUAACGAGCUUUUUAGCCAGAGCUCACCUGAGGGACUUCCACUGCUGUGUAACCAGUUUUCCACUCAAGCUGGAUGGAAGAGAAACUCACCUGCACCAAGCUCCCCGUUCACAGCCUUCCCCUUGGUAUGUCAGAACUAACUUUGCUUGUUUAUUGAUCUUUUGCACUUUCCCCUAUGGUAUUGUGACCACUCUAAUGUAACAGGGCACUGAGCACCUGUGUCUGUAGGGCUCAUGGUUUUCAGCACUUAUUUGCCAAUAAACGAACUGCCUGAC